AUGAAGUUCUCCACCACCCUCGUCGCGACCUUCGCCUCCCUCUCCGUCGCCGCUCCCGCCGGCAGUCACCACAAGCGCCAGACUGACGACACCACCACCUCCACUUCCAUCACUGACGUCCUCCCCGGCCUUACAGGCGAGGAGCCCAUCGAGGACACUUCCUCUUCCACUUUAUCCACCUCCAUCUCCGACGCCCUUGCGGCCGCCAGCCCCAACGAGAUCUACGGCGCCCCUCCCAGCGGCACCUUCCCCAUUGAGCAAAACGACUUUACGGGCAUCCAGGGAGUCCAAUCCAUCCCCGACGACAAUGACAUCGUCGACGCAGCCAUCUCCAACCUUUCCGGCGCUGCGCCUCCCGUUCCUCUGACGACCGGCAGUCCCACCGUUGACGACGUCUUUUCCGCGCUUGACUUUGCGGAUGAGGAUGAAGACGACAUUCCGGACCUAGACGUUGAGACCCUUGAUGAUGAUGACGACGAGGUCUUGACUGAAGACGACGUCACUGUCACCGACGCCGAGGCGCCAGCGAUGAUUGAUGCUGCUAUUCGGUAUGCGCAGCAGUUUCCUAUCGUGCCGGUGCCGCUUAGCACUGGGACUCCUGAGAUCUUUGUUGACCCGUACUUGGGUAACGCUACUGUCUUUGGAAACUCUACCGUCUCUACCUCUGAUGAGGGUGCUGCCUCCGCGGCUACCACUGUGCAUGGCACCGACCUCGUUGCUUCGUUGCAGGUCUUGAAUGAUGCUUUGGCUGCUUAUCAGGGGUUAAACGAGGCUUCUUCUUCUGCUACUGGCACUGGCACUGGUACCGCUAUCACCACUAGCGCUACUGACGCCAGUGUUGAUGUCGAUGCUGAUGUGGAUGCCAACACUGCUGCCCUCGCUGGCACUGACGCCCUCACCAUGGCCGCUACCACCACCUCCAAAUCCGCUGAUGCCCUCAUGAAGCGCAAAAUCCAAAUGCUAGGCGACGUCGUGCUCACCAGCAUCCAAGCAAUUCAGAAGCGGGCGGAGAUGGCCGAGCAGGAGAACAAGAAGAUGAAGAAGACAAUGAAGAAGGUUCUUUGUGAGCGGGCGGCCAUGGCUGGCAUGACGUUUGCUAACAAGACGACGAGGAAGACUGUUAUGGAUAAGAUGGGCAAGGGGGUUUUGGAGAGGUAUGUGAAUAUGGUUGCUGGUGGGAACUAG